CGACAGCGGAAGGCAACGACUGCAUCUUACUUUCUAAAUCAACGGCGCUGCAUCGUCAACAGAUGAUGACCCCGUCAAUUCUGUCUUUGCGGUGGUUGUGGAUGCGGUUAGCUUCUCAACGUGCUCCACAAUUAAAGACGGAUCUUCUAUUUGUUCUGAUUUAGCUUGCAGCGCGGCGGUCGGUAUCCCCUCGCGACGCUCUCCAGCCUCGGAGUCGCAUAAAAUGGACCGGCUUUACGCAAAGCCUUUGCACGGCCUUCCAGUCUUCCUCGGGCUGAACCUCCAGGAUGCUGCCAGUUCAACGACUCCUUGCGCUCUUGAUCCUUGCGCAGUGCGCCAUCACCGCCAGCCUGUCACCGCGUGUCGUCCAUGAAUCCCGGAGCAGUCUUCCAACUGGCUGGACGCCUGCCCGUCGCGCCGAUCCCGCGACUCGUCUUCCUCUGCGCAUCGGCCUCGCUCAGUCGAACCUGGACAACCUCGACGCCUACGUGCUGGACGUGUCCCAUCCGGAGUCGCCGAACUAUGGCAAGCACUGGACGCCGGCACAGGUCGCGCAGGCCUUCCGUCCUUCACGCGAUGCCGUCGACGCGGUCCGUGAAUGGCUGAUGGAGGAAGGCAUGCCGCCGGAGGGGGUGAAGGUGCACACGGGCGGCGGAUGGGUCCAGGUGGACGUGACAGUCGAAGAGGCGGAGCGCCUGCUGAGCACAGAGUACUACGUGUACCAGUUCGGCGACGGCGAAGGGCGGAGCAGCGAGCACGUCGCGUGCAAGGAAAAGUACCAUCUGCCGGAGCACGUCUCGAAACAUGUCGAGCUGGUGGUGCCGACGCUGCACUUUGACGUGCACGUGAAGCGCGAGAGGGUCGCGGAGAAGAGGUCUGGGUCGAAGAACAUGGGCCAGUCGCGCAGUGGGAUCGUUAAUCCCAAAUUCAUUGGGGAAAUUGAGACUGCCUUGACAGAGCUUGCAGACUGCGAUAAGCAGAUUACACCUGACUGCCUGCGCGCACUGUACGACUUCGUGUACCUCCCGGUGGCCACGGAUAGGAAUACCAUUGGCAUUGUUGAGUACACGCCCGAAGCCUAUCUCGAUCAAGACAUGGACUGGUUCUUCGGGAACUACUCUCCGAGCCAGGUGGGCCAGCGCCCUGCGCUUGUCAGCAUCGACGGAGGAUACGACCAAACACUCUUCCAAGGCUUUAGCGUGAACGGCGAGGCCGAUCUCGACCUGCAGUACGCGAUGGCACUCGUCGGUGCGACCCAGAACGUUACAUUGUACCAAGCGGGUGACCUGUACGAAGGCGCGUCAUUCAACAACUUCCUGGACGCUCUCGACGGGUCCUAUUGCACGUACGAAGGAGGUGACAACCCGGAGUAUGACUCAGUUUACCCGGAUCCGUACGGUGGUUACACAGGCAAGGAGAACUGCGGCACUGCCCCCCUUUCAAACAUCAUCUCGACGUCUUACGGAGCCACCGAGGCAUCCUACGGCGCCGCCUAUACUCAACGACAGUGUGCAGAGUAUGGCAAGCUCGGCCUCAUGGGCGUGACAAUCUUGUACUCUUCAGGAGACACCGGCGUAGCAGGAAAUGGCCUGUGUCUCAACGCCGACGGGACCGAGUCAUCGAGCGGAACGCGGUUCGACCCCGGCUUUCCCGGGUCGUGUCCGUACGUGACCAGCGUGGGCGCAACGCAGAUCCAGGCCGGCAGCACAGUGUGGGACCCCGAGACGGCGUGCGGACAGUACAUCUACUCGGGAGGCGGCUUCUCGAACGUGUUCUCCACACCCGCGUGGCAGGCGUCCGCCGUGGACGAUUACUUGGCGAAGUAUCCGCCGCCAUACGCGUCGGACGUGUUCAACGCGUCAGGGCGCGGGUAUCCGGAUAUAUCGGCCAAUGGGCUGAACUACUCGGUCGUCGUCGACGGGACGCUCCAGCUCGUCGCGGGCACGUCGUGUUCCUCGCCCGUCGCUGCGGCGAUCCUGUCCGCGGUGAACGAUGCACGGCUUGCGAUCGGGAAGAGCACGAUCGGCUUCAUCAACCCCACCAUCUACACGCCCCCGUUUAUGGCCGCGUUCAACGAUAUCACGACGGGAAACAACCCCGGCUGCGGGACGGACGGAUUCGCUGCCGCCCCUGGAUGGGACCCGGUCACUGGACUGGGCACGCCGAACUUUCCGAAGCUCCUCGCGUUGUGGCUGGCACUCCCAUAGUGAUGACCUCUACGCAUGGAAGGUGUGGGUUGGUCGUGGACUUAGUAAGUAGUAAUGAUGUAGCCGAUGCUGUCUAUCAUCUCUUGCAC